UUCAAGAGUGAUUUCAAGAUGUCUACGGGAAGACCAGCUGGUGAAUCAAAUUCUACUCUUCGCUGCGAUGACUUGUCAAAAUUUGAAACUGUUUUUUGUAUCGAAUACGAAAAUGACGAAACUUUGGAAAUAAAGGAUGAAGUCAUUCAAGAUCAAGGCAUAGUUACAAGCCGAAAAUGUGAUGAAAACUACGAGAAAAAAUCGUUUACUGUAAAUUUAAGAGAAACUAAUAUUCUUGCUGCCAAGAAGAAACUGCGCACCAAUAACAAGAAGCAGAAAUGUCAAAAAUUAAAACCGGAGAAGAAAUACAAAUGCGAAAAGUGUGGACGAAGUUAUACCCAGAUAGGGAAUUUAACUCGUCAUAAAAAAUUAGAAUGUGACGUAAUGCCACAGUUCAAAUGCAACUUCUGUGACAAAAGGUUCAAACGAAAUCCUAACCUUCGGCGCCACAUAGUUCAAGUGCACCAGAAAAAGUUAGAGGCACCGCUAAAGAAGUAUAAUUGCAUAAAAUGUUCGCGAAGUUACACAUGGCCAAAUGAUUUAUAUAAACAUGAGCGUUUAGAACAUUCAGGACUGAAACCAAAAUUCACUUGCGAUUUUUGUGGCCGCAGAAUGAAAGAAAAGGGUAACUUGGCCCAACAUAUUGCUUUAAAGCACCUCAAUAAGUCAUAAUCAUUUAUGCCAUAAACUUGUUACAUAAAAUUUCGGUUGCAAGCAGGCAGCUUAGUCUUUUUUUGGUCUCGCGUGUUGUCAGAAACUUACGCUCAUUCGUAAUAAAACCACUUUUCUGCCUUGAGGCACAAUAUACUAUUUCGCAUUAUAUUAAAUUUUUUGUAGAGGUGAAAACAUACGAGGUGAAUUACGGUUCGAACUGAAUACACCCGAAUCUCGGUUCAGCCACUCGCGGUUUAGUCAUUCUUAGAACUGGUGGCCCACGCAGUUUCUCAAUGCGCGGAAUGAAAGACGGUUGCGACUUUUGUCUGACAAAUACCAACAGCUUAGCGGAAAGGUGCAUUGCAUUCCAAUUGAAAACGGUUUAGACGACCCUGACUGUUUACAUUUCGAUACUUCCGACUGAGCAACAAGGCAACUUGCAGGCAACCCGUGGCACUGUGGCUAGACCGAGUCAGGUGUAAUAGGAGAAAGUGACUGUUAGUACUUAGUAUUUAAAGCAAAUGUUCUGUUGUAAUUUUUUAUUAGGUGCAAUAUCAAAAACGAGUUUUAUAAUUUUACUUUUUUCCACUUACUUGCUAAUUAUAAAUUGAACAUUUGAAAAAAGUGCCCUUGACAUGACUAUGAGAGUUUUGUCUAUCUAUUUAUGUAUUAUCUAAAAUACAUUUUACGUGCUUUUAUUAGAAGUUAAAUUCUGUACAAAGUGAAUAAAUUGCUGAUAGAUUAGGCUGGGGCAUCUAAGUACAGUAAAACUCUUCUAUAGCGCCGAUUUCGGGGCUGACGGUGGGUGGGACCUAACUCAUUAUAGCCCGCUCCGCUUUUGUUUGUUCAUGCCUGAGUGCUCGCCUGAGGGACAACCGCAGACUCCGCGCACCCCGCGCAGCUCCUGUUACACCUACCUGCAGCACGACGUCGAUUCCCAGAAGAACUAUAGAAAGGAGGCCUAUUGAAAAGCUUCACUGUAAUUUUUUUCUUUCAAGUUGCGAGCACAAACAAGUUAGUGCUAUUAGCCAAAUAACUUUUAAAUAAAUAGGGAAGUUCAUGCCUUUUAACAAAAUAAAAAAAUUUAAUUACUCGCAGUUUUUUCUUACGUUAGUUGUUAGUAAUGAUCAUCAUUUUCACAUGUUAAAUACUAACUAAUGUUAAAAUAAUAAAUACCAUAUAGAUCGUUUUCGAUCUAUAUGGUAUAAUUAACAAAAUUAAACAUAUAAAUGUUACUAGUUAACAGAUAUAAUACUUAUAAAUAUCCUAAGACUUACAAAAUUGCUGAUACUAUUGAGAAAACUGUUUAUUGCACUGGAUUAAAUUUUUCUGUGAAUUUACACCUUAGUUUAUUUCUUGUCAAAAUCACUUCACAAUAAUCAAUUUUACCUCAGUUACUUUUGUUAAAUGUAAAAUUUGGUUCUUAUACAUUUUGUUUA